AUGGCCCGCGCGUCGUUCGCCAAGCAGACACGGGUCCUCCUCUGGAAGAACGCGACGCUCAAGCGCCGGAACCUCCGCGGCCUGCUCGUCGAGCUCCUCCUGCCCGUGCUCCUGCUCUGGCUCUUGCGCUGGCUCGCGACGCUGGGCAGCGCGGCCGCCGGCGUCAACCACGUGCCCGAGGCCCGCAACACCGACGAGGCGCAGCCGCUUCCGACGCUGACGCUGCUGCCGACGCUGCUAGCGCGCUCUAACCGGGUGCUUGGCGUCACGUCGCCGCAAGCGACCGAGCUCAUAACGUUUCUGGAUGCUCGGUACGCGACGCCGCUUGGCCCGCGCUUUGGCGACGUCACGACGGUCUUUGCGUCCGAGCGCGCCAUGAAUGAGUACGCCAAGAAGUCCAUGACGUCCAACACAUCACGGCUACUGUACGCGGGCGUCGUGCUUGACGCCAACGUGGCGACCAUUCGGCUUAGCGACCAAGCCACCGAGUCGAACGGCGCGGCGCCGGCCGAUGGUGUCCAGCCCACAUCCGACUUUGGCAUUCUCGCGCAGCUCACGUUCAACAAGACAACCGCCAUGCAGUACCCGGGCUUUUUGCCGCUGCAAAUUGCGCUACAUGAGUUUGCCGCUGGAGUGGCAUUGCAUGUCGAGUGCGACUGCCUGGCGCAAGACCUCGUCAUCUCUGGGCUGCACUGGUCCGACAUCGGUCUUGCCAGCGCCGCAAGCUGUGCGUCCUCAACAUCCGCCUCGAGUUGGCUCUUUUCGCAGCCAGGCAGCGCCGUGCCGUUUCCAGAGGCCGCGCACGUCGAUGUCCAAGACCCUGUGACACCGCAGAUCAUCAUGUACCUCGUCUACCUCGGUCUCUGGCCCUUCUCGCGCUUUGUGCGCGACACGAUCAACGAGAAGGAGACCAAAAUGAAGGAGUACCUCUUCAUCCUCGGCGUGCGCGAGUCGGCGCUCGUCUGCAGCUGGGUCGGCGUGUACUUUAUAUUGUUUGGCCUCGUGUUCCUCACGUUCCUGCUCUCGGCCGUGUGCUUUGGCUUGAUGGUCGUGCCGUUCUUUGACCGGGCCAAGACGGCGAUAGGAAUUGCGCCGCUGCUCUUCCUCGGGUGGUGCAGCCCGCUCAUUGCGCAGCGCACAGGCCUCUCGAGCGAUCUCUGGACGCUUCUUGGACCGUUGACGUCACCACUCGUGUUUUAUAAUGCGAUGACGACGGCGCUCGGGCUUGGUGCCGACGGCAACCUCCGCGACGUGGCGUUCUCGCACCUCGCGCUGCCGUGGCUGACGCUGCUCCUGCAUGCAGUCGUCUACGCCGUCCUUGGCGCGUAUCUGGACCGUGUUUUGCCCAAGUCGAUUGGAGUGCAGUCGCCGUGGCAUUUUCCUUUCCACGCUGAGUUUUGGGUCCCCUCGACUUGCCCGUCCCGGCUAACCAAGACGAGUUACCAUACGUUCACGCCCGUGAUCGAGACGGCAAGUGAUGACGCGCCGGUCGUCGACCUCGAUAACGUCACCAAGGUCUAUGACGAUGGCAAGGUCGCGGUGCAAAACGUCUCGCUCUCGAUUCCCGAAGGCGAGAUUUUUGGGCUACUGGGCGCCAACGGUGCUGGCAAGACCACGACGCUCUCCAUGCUCUCGGGCGCCCUUGCUCCAACGGACGGCACACUGCGCGUCUGCGGCGACCACGACAUGACGCGCAUCCGUCAGCAUCUCGGCGUCUGCUUUCAGCAAGAUGUGCUCUACGACUCGUUGACGAUCGAAGAACAUGUGCUCUUGCUCGAACAGCUCAAGGGCCAGGACGACUUGCGCUUGAUCCGCGCCGAGUGCGAAGCCAAGUGCAUUGCGUUUGGCCUUGGCGACAAGAUUUAUGCGCAAACAUCGACGCUCUCGGGCGGUAGCAAGCGCAAGGUGUGUGUGCUGCUGGCGCUCCUCGGCGAUGCCAAGCUCGUGCUUCUGGACGAACCGACAUCCGGCAUCGACGUCGACUCGCAAAAGCACGUGUGGGCUGCGAUCCAAGGCGCAUUGGCCGGCCGCGCCGUGCUUCUCACAACCCAUGCGAUGCACGAAGCCCAAGUCCUUAGCCACCGCAUCGGUAUCAUGGCCAACGGCGAGCUCCACUGCGUUGGCACGAGCGGGGCCCUCAAGGACAAAUACGGCGUCGGCUACAAGCUCCACGUUGUCAAGGCGGCACGCGACGCCGGCGACAAGGUACGUAUCGCCUUGGCGUCCGUGCCCGGCGCGAGCGUCCUCCGCGACCACAAGUGGGGUCUCGACUGCCAACUGCCGCUCGGCACGGAAGCGUCGAUUCCGGCGCUGCUUCGAGCGCUGGAUGCGCUUCAAGCGAGUGGCGUCCUGGAGACGUACGACGUAGCCACGACGACGCUCGAGGACGUCUUUGUCAAGAUUGCCUCGGGCGAUACGGCCAUUCAAUCGGCUGCCGCAGCGACGCCCAAGGCGCUCAACGACUCUGCGAGUAUGACGCGGCCAGAAGCCCACAAGUACGCGGCGUGGCGCGUGUGUCUGACGCAGAUUUGUGCGUUGAUGCGCAAGCGGGCGGCCCUCGUUCGCCGAGACGUCCGCAACACGUCGAGCCAGUACCUCUGGCCGCUGCUCGUGUUUGGUGUACUUUCGUACCUCCUCGUGCAAGCCGGCAAGGCGAGUGACGAUGCCGUGCCCGCCCUCGCCGCGCCAAUGGUACUGGCGACGACAAAGGUGCUGCCCUCACUGCCGCCACCGUCGCUUCUCGGCCCGAACGUGACCUUGGGCGGCGUCGUCGACUACCUCUUGGCGCAUCCGGGGGGCACCGGUGCGCUCUUUGUCGAUACGACGUCGCAUGCGAUCUUUUAUAAUGCAUCGGUCCCCGGUGCCCUGGCGGCGACGAUCCAAGCCGUGUAUGCGUCGGCCUGCACAUUGCCGUCGUGCGCACUGGCGGUGCACGCGCGUCCGCUCGAGAUGAAGUCGUUUGCCGGUGCGGAAGCCUUUGUCCUCAGUGACGUGCUUGGCGUCGUCCUUGCCAUGUACCUCAUUGGCGCGCUUGUGUUUGCUGCGACACCGCUCACGACCGGUAUCGUCAAGGAACGGGAGAGCGGGCUCAAGCAGUACCAGCAUUUCUGCGGCGCUUGGCUCUCGACGUACUGGGCUGCCCACCUCCUCUUCGAUCUCGUGGUCUUUAGCGCCUUUAGCCUCGUGCUCGUGCUUUGGUGCCAGUACCUCGCGUACAUGGCCCUCGUUCCAAUUCCAAACCUCGGCGCCUCGGCCCUCUGUGUGCUACUGGCCGGUGUUGCGAUCGUCCCGUACAUGUACUUGCUCAGCUUCCUCUUUGGCUCGUCGACGUCGGCGCACACAUUUGUCUCGUACGUUGGCACGUUCCAGCUGCUCUUUGCGCCCAUGACGCUCCUGCUCUCGAGUCUCACGGACGCGUGCACAACCUAUGCGACCCUCUCGCCGUGGCUGCACGCCGCAUUCCCGCUCAUCUCGCUCGGCGAGACACUGGUCAACCUCGCGACGACCGAGCUUGCGUUCGUGCGGGGCAUGUGCACGCAGGCCUCGGUGCUCGAGACGCCGUCGAGCCUUUUGAAUGCGUAUCUGUGGCAGACCCUUCUGGCGGGACCGUGCUAUGCCGUCUUGGUGCUUGGGAUCGAUGCGUUUCUGACGUACCCGGCGGCGAUGCGCCACGCGCUGCGCUGCGCCACCCACCCGACGCGUGCGGCCGACGAUGUCGAGACGGGGACGGCUCCCAUUGUGCAAGUGUCGGGCCUCGCCAAGACGUACGUUGCGUCCUUUUGGCGUCGCGCGACGGCGCAGGAUGUCCACGCCUUGUACGCGCUUGACUUUGCCGUCGCACCCGGGGAGAGCGUCGCGCUUCUCGGUGUCAACGGCUCGGGCAAGUCGACCACGUUCCAGAUGCUCACAGCCGGCGUGACGCCGACGGCCGGCGAGGCCACUGUCGGUCCAUGCAACGUGUCGACGGACGCACCCCACGCGCGCGACUGGAUGGGCUACUGCCCGCAGCCCAACUGGCUGUUUGACAACCUCAGUGUCCGUGAGCACCUGCAGCUUGUGUGUUCGCUGCGCCUCCAGGCACCCGAUACGAUCGAGACGGUGAUUACGGCGCUGCAGCUCAACCCGGUCGCGGACCUUCGCACGGCCAAGUUGAGUGGUGGCAACAAGCGCCGGGUCAUGAUUGCGAUGGCAGUCGUCGCCAAGCCGCCGGUGCUGCUUCUCGAUGAACCGUCGGCCGGCGUCGACGUGGUCGCCCGGCGGCUCCUCUGGCAGCUGCUCCGCGACGAGGCGUGUCUCUUCACCACGCACUGCCUCGAAGAAGCCGAGGCGGUUUGCACAAGCGCCGUCGUCCUCGCCAAGGGCAAGCGCGUCUACCGCGGCUCGAUCGCGGCGCUCAAGCAGCAAGUUUCGAAAGGUGUGACCAUGCAGGUGACCUUUUGCGAUCCGCUCGCCUCGGAUGACGUACAAGCGGCGCUGAGCACUGCUCGGUACCUUCGCCGACACAACCUCGUCGACGGCGAGAUCAAGACCUCCAAGACGGGUCGAAAGACGACGUACCUCGUCUCAGCGGCGUCCAUGUGGCGCGUCCUUCUCGCGCAGCCCGACGGCACCAAGGCCCGCAUCUGGCUUCGGCUAAGCCAAGCGCACAAGUCGUUCUUGGCGAGCAUGGCGAAGCGGCAAGCUGAGCCUGCGAUCGAGCUCCCGACGAAGAAGCGGACCCAGUCCGAAUCGGCAGCUCCGCUCGAGUCGCCCGCGGCGAAGCGCAUGAAGCCCAACAUGCCGCCAACACAUGCGUGCGAGACCGACGAUGGCUCCCGCGUUCCUGGCAGCCGGAGUGAAACACAUAAUCUGUGUGAGCUCGGACUCAAGACGCGGUGA